AUGUGGCCAGUGGAGGUUGCGUUCUUGACCAUCCUGGGCCUUUCUUCCUUUGGAUCAUGUUCCCCUCACGAACGGUAUCCGAUACGGACACUUUCUCCCCGAGGCAUCGUCUACGACGGCAACAUCGCUGACUCCUACGACUUCGUUAUCGUCGGUGGUGGCCAAGCUGGCCUCGUACUCGCUGCCCGUCUCUCUGAGGACUCCAAUCACACUGUCCUCGUCCUCGAAGCCGGCGACACUGGCGAUGCUAUCCGAAACGAUAUCGAUGUGCCCGCUUUUGCCUACUACAAGUCUAAGAUGGGAUCGUCUUACGACUAUGGCUUCCAAACUGUACCCCAGGCGAACCUCGGCGGCCGUGCCAUCAGUUGGCCCAGAGGCAAGAUUCUUGGCGGCUCCUCAGCUGUCAACGGCAUGUAUGCCACACGGCCCUCACAAAUUGAGGUUGACGCUUGGAGCACCCUCGUUGCAUCAGAUGAUAGCGAUGCCGCGAAAGCUUGGGGCUGGACGAGUUUCCUUAGCGCUAUGAAGAAAUCUGAGCAUUUCACCCCGCCAGGCUCCGAUGUCAGAAACCUGGCCGAUAUCCAUUACCAGCCGUCGAAUCACGGAACAGGCGGCCCUCUGCACAUUUCUUACCCUGGCUACACCUUCUCCCAAUAUCGCGACUGGCUAGUUACACUCAACAAUGUCGGUGUUCCCGACAGCGAGGACGCUGCCGGUGGAUCUACCGAGGGAGCGUAUGCGACGACGUCCUUCAUCAACCCCACUAACUGGACACGUUCUUACUCUAAGUCGGCUUACAUCGACCCGUUGCCACCCCGCGACAACCUCGCCAUCCUUGCCAACGCUACCGUCACUCGCAUUAUUUUCGACAGCUCGAACUCGAACAAUUUGACUGCCACUGGCGUGGAGUUCGCAAGCAACCGUGAUGCUACGAAGCGCACGGUCAAGGUGUCCAAAGAGGUCAUUUUGGCUGGUGGUGCCGUCGGCAGCCCGCAUGUCCUUCUCGUCAGUGGUGUCGGACCCAAGGACACUUUGGAAGCAGCCGGUGUCCCGGUUUUGCACGAACUCAACGGAGUCGGGCAACACAUGGCGGAUCAUUUGAGCUCUGGCGUCACCUACGCCGCCAAUUUCGACAACGCGGGAGCCAUUUGGGCUAAAGGUGGAGACGUCGCUAAUUCGCCGGCGUUCUUGUCGUUCGUCAAUUCGGCAAUUGCAUACGUCAAUUUGACCACCCUACUGGGAGACGAUGGAGCGAAAGCCCUACAAGACGAAGUCCGCCAAGGCUCCCCUUCGUCUUUGGCUGGAUCAGACUCCGACGUUCUUGCUGGAGACAAAGCCAUCUACUCUGCUGUCAGCGGCACCAUUUUCGGCUCGCACAUCGGAUCUGCCGAGAUGCUUCUCAGUUUGAACACACCAGGAAACGUCGCUAUCCAGGCUGGUCUCCAACACCCAUUCUCCGUCGGCCGUCUUUCCAUCAACACUUCCAACGCGUUCGACAGCCCCAUCAUCGAUCCGAACUACCUUUCGCACGCCUCAGACAGGACCAUCCUGCGCGAGGCUCUCAAGCUCGCGCGUAAGCUCGGACAAACGGAGCCGCUGGCAUCAUCGUUGGGCGACGAGAUCACCCCAGGACCCAGCGUCAACACGGACGCGGAAUGGGACGCCUGGCUGUCCACGCACGUCGGCACCGAGUUCCACCCCUCGUCGACUUGCGCCAUGUUGCCACGGAACCUCGGCGGUGUGGUCAACGCGAAACUGCAGGUCUACGGCACGGCCAACGUCCGUGUUGCGGAUUCGUCGAUCUUCCCCCUGUCAUUCGCUGCCCAUCUUGGUGUCCCGACGUACGGCGUUGCUGAACAAGCCGCUGAUAUCAUCCGUGGCUUCUACAACGGUGUCGCUUCGCCAGUGUCGCCGCCGUCCUCGACGUCAGCGUCCGACUCCUCGUCUUCGCAGACGCCUUCGACAACGAACCAGAAUAACGCUGCUUCUACGCACGCAAUAAAUUCAUGGCUCAACUGGACAUUGUUAUCCGCUACCUUCCUUACAUCUGUUCUCGUCCUCUAA